UUUUUCUUGUUGUGUUUUUCGUAACAAAAAAAACAGAGACGUAAAUCUGAAAUUUUAACGAUUUUGUCGAAUACAUUAAAAAUAAAGGCAUUUUAAUGCAAUCCAAUCAAAUGGCACAAAUCGCCAUCGAACAGAAUACCUUUGCACUCGGAAAGCAAGGUGCGCAGAGCAAGGAUCAACUACAAAUUGAGCGUGUGUGGAAGAUGCACUGGCUCACUGACUAUGCAGACGACAUAUUCGUGAACAUGAAGGAGGCAGAGAUGCGGCGCCGUCCCAUAUAUUUCAACUCGAUGCAGCUGGACGAGCGUCCCCGCCUGGUGCAACUUUGCAACCUUGCCGCACGCACAUGCAAACUGAAUCGCGCCACAGUGCAUUUGGGUAUCUACUAUAUGGAUCGCUUGACCGACUACUUUACGAUUCGGAGCGACAAAUUGCAAUUGCUGGCGCUCACAUGCCUGCACAUUGCCGCCCAGAUCGAGAACACCGAUGCGAAUGUGCCGCGCUACAAAGAACUGAAUUGCCUCAUAAGAGAGGGCUACACGCCUUUCGAGUAUAAGGUGGUGGAGCGCAAGGUGCUGACCCACCUGAAUUUUGAGCUUAUGCGCCCCACCACGGCCAGCUUUACGGAGUUAUUUGCCUGCUCCUUCCUGACGCGCGCCGAUUACGUCAGCUACAAUGCCUUGCUGGAGAACGGGGCUGCUGCCGGCGAAGGCAUUCAGUACUUGCUGCCGUACGACAGUUUUGAAUCAAUGCUGGCGGCCUUGUCACAUCUGCUGCUAAGCUUAUCAGACUGCACAUUGAGCAUUAAUAGUUUUGCCAAUGUGCGACCUUCCUUGUUGGCUGCUGCCUGCAUAGCGGCUGUGCGUCGUCUAAGCGGACUUCAGCUCUGGUCACAGUAUCUGACCAAACUGACAUCGUACACGCAGGAAGAGGUUGAGCCUUUGGUGGCAAAUAUCAGAGAGUACUAUCACUGGUACCAGGGGCUAAACACCUCCACGUCAUACGUAAACAUGGGACCAUCAUCGGCGGACAGCAUUAAUCCCAAUUGGUCCACACCGGACUCUGGCAUAGAAGAGUCAGUGGUCGUAAUGGAAGAAUUGGUGACCGUGGAGUAUAAUAUAAUCACUGUGGAGCUGCAGGAAACAGCUUCAGGCUUCAAUAUAGAUCAGGAAGAGCUGCCACAGCCGCAGCAACAGGCUGCCCCAGCCUGUGUAGAGCUGCAGGAAAAGGCAAAGUCGCAGGCAUCAAAAGCAAUGGUCAUGGCAGAUCUGCGACGUGCAUUCAAGCGCAAGUCCAAGGAAAUAUAUAGUCAAGAGGAGCCGCAGGAACAGGCUAACUCAAGUGCAGUGGACAUGGCCGAGCUGCAACGUGCACUCAAGCGAAGGCUCAUCGCAAAAAAUUGCCAAGAACAGCUGCAACCGAAACGCCAGCAAUGAUAAUAACUUUGGAUUCGGUAAUAUUUCGGUUUACUGAAACCCAAACAAAAACUCAGGCGCAAGCGCAUUGAAACAGAUUGCCAAGCAAGUAGAUUGAGAGGUCUAGAAGCAUUUAAAAUAAUUUAAAUGAAUAUGCUGGGUGCCAUAUUAUGACCAUAAUCGUAAUGCUUAUAAAUAUACACAAAAACACACAUUAAUAUAUAUUCCUCGUUUAUAUUUCAUUUAAUGCAUAAUUGGAAUCAUUUCUUAUCAAAAAAAUAUUACACACACACACAUGCCAAUCAGCUAAAAAUCAACAAUACAA